AUGUCCAACAAAACCAUGGUGACCGAGUUCCUUCUCCUGGGAUUCUCUGACGUUCAGGAACUGCAGAUUUUGCACUUUGUGGUGUUUCUAGUGAUUUACCUGGCAGGCCUGAUGGGGAAUCUUCUCAUCAUCACAGCUGUAGCCCUCAACCACCAUCUUCACACCCCCAUGUACUUCUUCCUGAUAAAUCUGUCCAUUAUAGACCUUGGCUGCAUCUCUGUCACUGUCCCCAAAUCCAUGGCCAACUCCCUCAUGAACACCAGGUCAAUUUCUUAUCAUGGAUGUGUUGCCCAAGUCUUUCUCUUCGUAGUCUUCAUUGCAGCUGAUCUUGCCUUACUCACCAUCAUGGCAUACGACCGAUAUGUCGCCAUCUGCCAACCACUGCACUAUGAGACAGUGAUGAACAAGAGAGCUUGUGUCCAAAUGGCAGCCAGUGCCUGGAUUACUGGUAGUGUGUACUCUGCAGUGCACACUUGGAACACCUUCAGGUUGCCCUUCUGCCAGUCCAAUGUCAUCAACCAGUUUUUCUGUGAAAUCCCCCAGCUACUCAAGCUCGCCUGCUCUGACUCAUACCUCAGUGAAGUUGGACUUCUUGCUUUUAGUGUGUUUUUAAGCUUAAACUGCUUUGUUUUUAUUAUUGUGUCUUAUGUUCAGAUCUUCAAAGCAGUGAUGAGAAUCCCCUCUGAGCAGGGCCGGCAUAAAGCCUUCUCCACCUGCCUCCCUCACCUCACUGUGGUCUCUUUGUUUCUUUGCACUGGCUUCUUUGAGUACCUGAAACCCACCUCCAGCUCAGCAUCAAUUAUGGAUCUCAUGAUGGGUGUUCUCUAUUCCCUGGUGCCUCCAAUAAUGAAUCCAAUCAUCUACAGCAUGAGGAACAAGGAGAUCAAAGCUGCAUUAAAGAAACUGAUUGUGUGGAGGUUAUUCACCAAGAAUUAA